AUGAUUACUGAAACGAUUGAAGUAUUUAAAAAACGUGGAAGUAGCGUUGACUUGUUAGUCCUGGUACGUUUCGUAAAAAAUAAAAACUGUAAACAGUAAAGUGGAAAAAAAUUUCAUGGCACUGUAGAAGGUUUCACGGGUUCCGCAUGUAGAUGAAAAGUGGCGUCGAUCAACUAAAUGAUUUCAACGUUAUGUAAUUGCAUCGCGCCAGACAAUCUUGUACACGUUAAACAAUUUCUCACGGAAUUCUAUGUCACUUUACAAGUUACACUUUUCGAUUAAAUGACAGCUGGUAGCCAUUUUCCUUCAGGAAAACGCGUAAGAUGCGCGGAAAGAACUCAACUUCCUUCAGAAACCACGCGCGAUGCGUGGGAUGUUUCGGUGCAUGUGUAGAACACCUUAAAGGCGUUGUCAUUGGUGAAUUUUCAUUUACACUAAUAUUCAUGAAUACGAUUGAUCUCAAUUUUUAUUCGUACACUUUGCAAUAUAUACGUAUUAUAAAAAUAUAAAGUCAAAGUUAAUGAAUAUCUAAUGAAAUUCUUUCAAAAUUAUAUCAAUUAUAAAGAUACAAUUUUCUGAUUGGAGGAUCAUCAACAUUUUAUUGUAUCGUUGGAACAAUAAAAUAAAUAUUUAUGAGUAAAUAACUUAAAAACUAUAAAAUAAUAAAUAUCUAUUAAAAGUAUGUACCUAUUUCUAUUAAUCUAUCCUAUAGAAAUUGUUAGAUUACAAAAUAAGUAUCCGCCAUUAUUGAAUUUUGCAAGCAUUCAUCACAUAGCUUAUAAAAUAUAGUUUAUUGACUACAAUAGCCUAUAAAUUUUUAGCCAUGUAUAUACUAUUAAAUUGUUUUUCUUUUAUAAUCAUCUAAUAUAAUAAAUUUCACGACUUCAGUAAAAUUGUUAAAUUUGAAAUUGUUUCAGGUGUAAUAUAUGUAAAUUUGAUAAAAUAUUUAAUAAAUUUAUUACAGUGUGAUCUGUACCAAUAUAACAUGUAUGAUGGAUUUAUCUCCAAAUCAAGACAAUUUGACAGAAAUACUUGACAGAUUAUCAGAAGAUGAGGUUUUGUUUUUAUUUUCUUUUUAAAUUUAUUUUAUUUGUUUUGAAUUUUUAAAAGACAAAUUAUAUAGAUGUAAUUACCUGAUUCCAGAUUAAGAUAGAAAAAAAUUUUAAAAAUAUACUUUCAAGACAAUGUCAUGUAGAAGCAAAACUGCAAAGUAUAAGCAAGGUAUUACCUAAUGUUGUUGUGAUAAGAACAGAAGGAGAAAAGUUUUCUAAUAUGAUUAGACAUACUAAUGAACUAGCAGAAAAUGUAAGUGCCAAAGUAAGACAAUUGGAUUUAGCAAGGAGCAGAGUAUACGAAUGUCAGAGACGUGUUAAUGAUAUUCUUGAUUUGCAACUAUGUAGCGAAGGAGUAGCUAUGGCAUUAUGUAAUGAAGAUUAUGAACAAGGAGCAGCUCAUGUUCAUCGUUAUUUAUCAAUGGAUCAACAAUUAUUGGAGAGAACUGCUGAAGAUAUUUUAAUGGAUCACACUAAUGUCAGUUCUUCUUUAAUUACAUUGCAACAAGCUGCAUUACAACUCAGAACUGUGGUUACACAUAAAUUUGACGAAGCAGUAAAAUCAGAGGAUCUUGCUUCGGUUGAAAGAUUUUUCAAAAUAUUUCCUUUAUUAGGGAUGCAUAUUGAAGGACUUAAAAAAUUUUGUAGUUACUUAUGCACAAAGCUGCAAGAAACAGCUCAAAAAAAUUUAAAAGCAGCUUUAGAAAUAAAAAGUAAUGAUAAAAGAGCAUCAGUUAUUUUUUCUGAUACUAUGACAUUACUAUUUGAAGGAAUUGCUCGUAUCGUAGAAAUACACCAGCCAAUAAUUGAAACAUAUUAUGGUCCUGGAAGACUAUUAAUGACAAUUUCUAUUUUGCAAAAGGAAUGUGACAGGCAAGUUAAAAAAAUUAUUGCAGAAUUUAUGAAACAUCGAUGUAUAUCUAAAAAAGUACAAAUUGUAAAUGAUUAUGUUCGAAAACCAAGUUCUGAAAGAGCAGAUCCUAAAGAAUUUGAUUUGUUAUUGGGAGAAAUUACUAUAAUGCAUUCCCGUGCAGAAUUAUACAUAAGAUUCUUAAAAAGAAGAGUUAAAAAUGAUAUAGAAAUUAGUGUAACAAAUGAAGCUCAAUACAAAGAUUUAAUAAAUGAAUUUGAAAAUAUGAUCAACAAUUCUGAUUUAGCACACGGUAUGCAAGAACUUUUAGGUGCUUAUCUUGCUUUAGAAAGAUAUUUCCUUGAAGAAAGUGUAAAUAAAGCACUAGGAAUAGAUACGUUGGAUCAAGAUCAACAAACAUCCAGUAUGGUUGAUGAUGUUUUCUUCAUAGUACAGAAAUGUAUUAGGCGGUCUAUGUCAAGUUGGAGCAUAGAUGGUGUCUGUGCUGUAGUUAAUAUGGCUUGUGGGAUAUUAGAAGGAGAAUUUGCAAACAGAUUACGAAAUCGACUGCGGCAAGGCUAUCCAGCAGGAUAUUUAGAUUUAGCACAAGCUUAUAGUGCUCUUCAAACAAGUAUUCAACAUGGUCGUCUACAAACUUCAGAUACGGAACUCGCUCGUCUAAUGUUCUUAGCUUAUUUAAAUAAUACCGAUGUCAGUAUUGAAUAUGUUGAAACACUGUGUAAAAGUCUUAGUAGUGAAAUAGAUGCGACAUUUCCCAAUAUGCAAAAUAAAGAAAGAGGUAAAAUCGACAGUUGUUUAUCUGGGUUAAAAGGUGUUAUGUCGAUUUUACGAGCUGUUAAUGAUUAUGGUUUAGAACAAUUACGAGUAAGUGCUGUCAAACCGAGAGUCACACCUUGGGUCGAUGCAUUUUUGUCAGUGGAUCAUCAUAUAAAUGAGGACGACUUAUUAAGAUAUGAAACAGAAGAACCUUUCGUGCAAACUUUAAUUAUGAAUUUAGAAGGUUUACUUCAAAAUUUUAAAGGAACUUUAACAACAUCUAAUUAUGAUGCUUUAAUUGGUCUUCUUACUGCUGAAGUAACAGCCCGUUUAGAAAAAGUUGUAUUAAAAUCUACUUUUAAUAGAGCUGGAGGUCUUAUACUUGACAAAGAAAUUAGAUCAUUAGCAAGUUAUUUAGCCGCUGUUACUUCGUGGUCUGUACGUGAUAAAUUUGCACGAUUAACGCAAAUAGCUACCAUAUUAAGCGUUGAAAAAAUAGAAGAAUUGGCAGAUUAUUGUGGUGCAGAUGCAAUAGCAUGGAGAUUAACACCCGCUGAAGUUCGACGUAUCGCUUCCAUGAGAAUAGAUUUUCGUCCAGAAGAUGUAAAGAGAUUAAAACUCUAAUGCACAUUCGAUUUUAUUAAUAUAAUAAAUGUUAAUAAACAAUCAAAUCGAGCAAAAUAUUCAGUUCGGUAAUUUUAUUUCUGCUUAAUAUUUACAGUACAUAAAUUAAAAAUAUUUUAAGUUUAAAAAUAAAUAUUAUUGCUCAAAAUGCUUAUUUUAGUGUUAUUAAUGCAAUUUUAUUUCACUUUUAAUUAUUACUAUCAUGAAUUCUUAUCUUCUUAAAUUUUAUUAUCACAGACAAAAGUUGCAUUUUCUUACAUGAUAUUUAACUAUCUAUUAAAUAUAUAAAAUAUAUGAAAAUCUUCAUAUUAUUAUAUCGAUUGUUACUUUAAUACUAUUUUCACAUAAUCACAUAGUUACUUCUUAAAUAGCUUAAAUCUUAUACUUUUUUCAAUAUAUAAUACAUAUGAUCGCAUGAUCAAAUUAUUAUUAUCUGAUCAAGCAAUAUUUUAGCUAAAAAUAAUGACAAUUUAUAAUUGGUGUAUGACACUAUUUCGUAGUUGCUUGCAUUCCUAAACUGUAAAAAAUUAAUUUCUUUUUUGUUUAUAACUGUGAUAUUAAUAACUUUUUGUUUAUAACUUUACUAUUUUGUUGUGUGUGUAUAUAAUAAUCAAACAGUGCAUGAAUGUGCUAUAUAUAUGUAAUGUAUUCGACACCGAUACUUUUUUUUACAUCUUCACAAAAUGUUGCAGUUCUUCUAACACUGUCACUUUUUUAAAUCUCACCAAAUUCCACGUUGGUAAUAGCAGUCCUCUACUGAAUCCCACGUUGGUAGUAGUCCUCUUCUGAAUCCCACGUUGGUAAUAGCCCUCUUCUGAAUCCCAUGUUGGUAAUAGCCCUCUUCUGAAUCCCACGUUGGUAAUAGCCCUCUUCUGAAUCCCACGUUGGUAGUAGUCCUCUUCUGAAUCCCACACACUUAGUAGUAGCCUUCUUCUGAAUCCCACGUUGGUAGUAGCCCUCUUCUGAAUCUCAU